AUGGCGUCUCCGCCCGACCACACCCUGCUCCUCACCCGGACGUGGUUGACGUCCAAGACGGAUAAGUGGCCUGAUCACCUUACGGCGGCGCUACAGACCUUGAUGCUGGAAAAGCACUUCUUUGCCGUCCAGCGGCUCAACGUCGAGUCUACGGCGAAAUUGUUCGAUAUUCUGCAAACACUCAAGCCGUACUUUGCCAUCGCCGACUGGGACCCCGGGACCGAGCGGCUCCUUCUCGACAAGGUCGAGAACAAGAUCCGCCGAAUCCGAAGCACGCUCCUAAGCCGACAGCUGAUUGUCCGCGGGCCAGACGGCUACGCCGUUCCUAACAACGACGACGACAACGCGGAGAAGAGAGAGAAGAAACACGACGAGUUGUUCAAGGUCUACGAGAAGUUGUCGUGUGAGGACCAGAAGUCGGUCCUUCUCCGUUCCUUGUCGAUGGCGAGCUACGAGAUCGUGACCGAGUUCUUAGAUGCGUCAGUCGACCGCAUGCGGGCCCUCUCGCCCAAGUUCGCGUCGUGA